AUGAAGGGUUUCCACUCGAUUCAGCCUCUGACUUCUUCUUGGAAGUUGUGGAUAAUUGAGUUAGCUUUCGUCUGGAGGUGGUUUCAUGUCAUUCGGACCAGCGGUUCAGAAGAUACGACGAUAUUGGUUGGACUCGACCCACCAGCUCGACCGGCCAGUUUCCAACUCGAUCGAGCUGCUUUUCCAGGAGUCAAAGCGAUUCUCCACAUGGAAGUGAUGGAAAUCGUUGGAAAAGGUCCACUAAGAGCUCCAAUAACUCUUGCUCUCGAAAUGGAGUUCAUAGGGGUUGGAUGGAUUAGUUUGAGCAAUGAUCCUAUGGCCUCCAAGGCUUGA